GCAGCCUUAGUGAAAACUGGCAUUGGAGUUGCACCUCUCUGGGUUCCAAUAAGCCUUCCGGCGCCCACCGUCGAGCUGUGCGCGCUGGACGAGUCGCCCAGACGCCCUGGGACUCAGUCUCCGCGUCUGCGAAGUGUGCAUGAGAAUACCUACACCUCGCCACGUCUGCGGAGAAGAGAACCCGAGCCGGAUCGGCGCUCCUUCCCUUCCCUCCCCCGCGCGCGCGCCGGCCAGUGGCGCCCGGACGACCGAGGGCCUUCCGGGGAGGGGAGGGAAGGGAAGGGAAGGGCCGGGGUGGAUCCGCCGCCCGCUCCGCCCGCCCGGUGCACCGGCGCCCCGCCCCGUCCUCGCUGCCGGAUCAUGGAGCCUGCGGCCGGGGGCUGGGCGCAGGGCCUGUGGCGCGCCUGCAACUGGCUGAUGGGCGCCUUCUUCGCGCUGGCAGCCUUCGUGCAGGUGAAUGACCCAGACGCAGAACUGUGGGUGGUUGUGUAUACGAUUCCUGCCGGGCUGACCCUGCUGGUUGGACUUAACCCUCUUGUCACAGGUAGCUUUAUUUGGAAGAGUGUCUGUACAAUACACAUCCUCUUUUGCAUCGUGUGGGCUGCCGGCUUGGCAUACAACCUCUUGCUUCAUACAAAACAGAACAUCUUCCACGAGGAAGAAGGCAGGGAGCUGUUUGGUCUGGUGAUUAUCACAGCAUGGAUGAGCCUGUGUCACAGUUCAUCAGAGAAUCCAGCUGGUGGAAGAAUUCGCUUGGCCAUUGCUAUCGCAGUUGCUCUUUUCCCAUUUAUCUCAUGGGUCUACAUAUACGUCAACAAGGAGAUGCGGUCCUCCUGGCCAGCUCACUGCAAGACAGUCAUUUAAAUGACACGAAGAAUCCUGUUCUUAAAAUGAGGGUUUGCAAUUUUCUUAUAAACACGGUUGUAAUAAGCCAGUUUCUUAGGGGUUUAUUUGAGGUGAUUUCAAUUAAUACUAGAGAUGAUUGAAAAAGAAAAAUCCUAAGAACUUUUUAAGGCUGCCUACAACACAGGACUGGAUGGGUCUAGGAAGAGACAUGUGUCUGACAUUCUGGGGUGUCAUAGUGUAGUAGAAAAGGCAGAACAAAUGUUAAGAAACAGAAUGCUGACUUAGCUUUAUCACUGUCCAUGUGACUCUGGCAAAUACAUAAACCUCUUGUGGGUAAUUCCUUAUAAAACAGGAUUAAUACCAGACCUCCGACUUCUACAGCUGCAAGGAUGAAACUAGAUGAGAGCACUCUGAAAAUACGAGGUGCUGCACGGAAUAACCCAGAGGGAAGCAGGGGUAUAGAAGGAUACAAACAGGCGUUCAAAAGAGGACUGUACAUUAUAGGGCACUGGUACAGUGCCGUGAAUUAAAUGAGGACUCCAGGCGAACCAAGUGAACAAGCAUGUCUUGGAAAGAAACCCAAGUUAGCCAGAAAAAAGGAAUCUGGGACUAAGAAAGAAAGAAAUAGGGAAUAUGAAGUACAUGAUAAAUGAAAAAUAAGACUAAAAUCUAUACGCCUAUUUUUUUAAUGAAAGCCAGAAAUUACUCUGGCAAGACGACCAUCUUCGUGGCUACACUGUGGAGUGAACCAGAAAACGUGUGUGUUUGGAACACUUGUUAGAAGUCUGUUUGGAACAACUUGCCUGUGUGCAUCCACUUCAACUGCAAAUUUUAUAUCUGAACACAGACCAAGUGUUGCCAAUGAAAAUCUAGUGACCAAGUAAAUGGAUGAUAAGUUUAAAAUACACACCAGAUUUUGAAGACUUGGUAUAAAAAGAAGGUAAACAAUUUUUGUAUUGAUUACAUGUAGAAAUAAUGUUAGAUGUAUUGGGGUACAUAAAAUAUAUUAUUAAAAUGAAUUUUACAGCUUCUAUUUACUUUUCUAAAUGCGACUGCUAAAAUAUUUCAAAUUACUAACAUGGCUCAAGUUAUAGCCCUGUUGUGCGGUGCUGUUUUAGAGCAUAUGGAUGGCAACUCUUUUACACAUGCCAGCAUCCAACUCCACAGUCGAUACCAUUUCAUGAGAUUUAGGAAAUAUUUGACUCAAAAAAGUAUUAGUGCCAAACAUAUAUCAAGAAAGUGAAAAUCAGUCUGGGAGCUUGUCUCUUCAUUUUUUAUUGCCUUUAAUACGACAUUAAAUAGUCUAUAAAUAUUUGUUAAACGAGGUAUGCAUGUUCUUUGUUUUAAACAGUAGCCACGGAAGAAUCAGAAAUUCUCUAUCAAGAUUUCGAUGAGGGUAAAGGGAAAAAAAAUCCAGUUGAUGUUAAAGUGAAAUGUAUUUUAGGGGUCAAUGAAGUACAUAUAAAGGAUUUCAGUGUUCUGGUGUAUAUCAACCUUGCACGUUUAUGGUUUUCAUUCCUCCUUUGGUGUAACUAUCAGUCAGACAUAAAGAAACAGACUUACUUGCAAAUUCUGCAGAAGGGCCUACCCAUUCUCCAAUUAAUGUUUGACUCUGUGCUUAAAAGCCUCUAAUGUUCUAAUUAAAAAUAAAAAAUAAUGUUCAAGAUAAACUU